AACGGUACCAGCAGCAUCAGCUGCUAUUUAUGCCACAUCUCGAGCAUGUUGGUGCGCUGUUGAAUAAGACAUGGAAGUCACUCAGCAUGCGGAAGGCUCCAAGCAAGUCCACGAGAGCGUCACGGUGAAGCAAACAGAUACGAUAUCUCUUACGGAUUCGGCCUAUCAAUCAAUGUCGACAGAUAUCGCGUCGGUUGCGACGGCUUCGGGCUCCACAUACGGCAGCAAUCAAACGAGGAUUUUGAUUCGGCCAAUACCUGGCUCAGACCUACUCAUGUUCCGGAAAGCAGGAGACAAAAUCAUCACCGAGGAAUACCGUAACAUUCAGCGAGCACUCGAAAAGAGAUUGAAAGAUGUUUUGACGACGGCGCGGCAGAACAUGAGCAAUCUAAGUACCCAUCUUGAAAUGGUGGGGCGCAACUACUCAGAAGCCACACCCAAGCUUGUCGUACUUUGUGCACCAGCAGCAGAAGAUGCUGUUCGCUCUUUCUUCCAACUCGUCUACGUUCAAACACUUCUCAGUCUUGGAGACCCCGACAACGCUCCACUGAAACACAUCAUUGUGCCACAGGCGCCAAACUUCGCCUCUGCAAUAGAAAACAUCCGCGUUUUUGCUCAGAAUACACAUAACACCGAUCGCAGUACGUAUUGUGGUGCUCCGAUCACUUUUGCAUCUCAUGAUCGAAAGCGAAAGCGUAGCAUGCCAAGCCUAGCAACAUUCGGCGGUAUCGUGAAAGCUACCUUCGGAAAUGGAGAAACACAACUUCUUGGAACUUCAGCUGGUCAUGCCGUUGGGCGUGUUCGAACCGAACACUUGUCGGUCGAUACGGACGGGAAAGCUGGUGACCAAUCAAGUCAGCAGACGUUUGAUUUGUUGGACUGGAUACCAGCCGAAUGCGCGAUAGGCGGUAUACUCCUUCCUGAAUCGUUCCGUGGAGUAUCAGCUGGACGUACUGCGCCAUCCUACGACUGGACGCUUUUCAGCGUGAACGCUGCACGCCCUAACCAAGUAAUAAAACGUGGGUCUUGCGUUGAGAACGAUGCUGCGAAUGAUGUGGAAGUGCACUCGAUACUGAAGGCCGAAAGACCUCUAUUCCAAGACGAGGUCUCUGACCCAGUCCUACUCUUAGGUGCUGUCGGAGGCGUCCGCCGCGGAGAGCUUUCAAGCGUGCCAAGCAGAAUUUGGCUUACUGAAAGCGAAGGCUUUGUUGAUGCAUACCUCCUGCAGCUAGAAGACGGCACUGUAUGCGAAGGCGACUCGGGUGCAUGGAUUGUACAUUCUGCAGCGCCCGAAAUGUACGGACAUGUCGUUGCCACUAAUGUGUUCGGCGACGCCUAUGUGAUGCCUGCUCUGGACACAUUUGAAAACAUGAGAGAGUGCUUAGGGGCAAUCUCGGUUACCCUUCCAGAUGCCCACGAUCUUGAAGGUGUGACAAUUCCAACGGAGAUUGCGACUAGCUACAAGAAUUCAAACUCACGCCCAGGCACUCCUCUGUCGGUCAAAUUAAGCCCAGAUGGACAGUCAUCAACAAUAGCGUCGGAAUCCUCGAAUUUCGAAUCUCCAUCUAUGCCAGAUAGUGCCAAGUUUUUGCGCAAUCGUCCGAAACGGUGGAACCCGAUUUUCAAGGAACAAAGGCACUCACAUGAGCAGAACUAUCUACAGACGCUGGCCGAAGUUGGAGUCGAUAUCCAUGAUGUCCCAAAAGCAUUCCUCACUGGUUCUUUGAUGCAGGGGACAGAGAGGAUGCAAGAUUUCGCGCUUCAGACGGUGAAGGACUUUUGCCGGCAUGGCUUACCUCAAGCUUGCAAACAUGUUACUAACUCAACGUCUUUAUCGAAAAGGGCAUGGAUGGUUGAAGUGAGAGAAAGAACUUGCUUAGAACCAAUAACUCGAGAACAGCAUCUCUAUUCAAAUGCGCGCGAGCUAUUCCGGCAUUCACCACUGACAAGGCAGUACACUCUGAACGACGACUCAUUUAUGUCGCGGACCCCGAUGCAGACGAUAUCCUGGCUUGCAUGGAGAGCGCAUCAUACCACCAGGUUGAAGCAGUGCAAGCUAUCGUUAUGAAUUAUUUGCGAUCUAACACCUCUCUCAGAGUAUCUAUUCCCCUUCAAGGAUUUCAGACUUUUCAGUUAGAGUUCUCCUUGCCGUACUUGGUGCUCAGAGCUGUCCCAA